AUGUACAGUAGAGUUGUAUUCGUUUUGGUCGCUCUUUCAAUAGUUUUGGACGCGACUGAUGGGAGGAGACAGAAGAAAACAGACCAGCAGCCGAAAGACGAGGAGAAUCCGGCGCCACAACCCAGCGUCUUGACGUAUUCUACGUUUGGCUUCAACGAUGUCGGAUCAUACGACGGCUUCGUCCCGACUUCACCGGACCUCACGAGUCAUCUCAACAAAUACAAGGAGACCUCUGAGAAACUGUACGCGCCCGCCUUCCCGUCGGCGCCGGAUAAUGAUUUCUCAAGUAGUUCACAGCCAUUGAACGGAGAGCCUUUUGCUACUGGCGACGCUGGACAACAAACAAAAGAGGACUUACUGGGAUUAAGAAAUCACGACACUUCACAUCCUUCGUAUCUUCCUACCUUCCAAUAUUCUGGAAACGAGGACCCGGAGGAUAGUUUUAAAAAGGCUGUUGAGAAAUGGCGAGAGAAUUACAUUAAAUCCAAGUAUCGAGACACACCAAGCUAUGAUUACGAAGCUUCCGAAGCACAGAAUGUGCAUGCAUUGAAUCCGUAUCAUGUUCCAGUACCGGUGGCAAAACCGUACCCCGUAGCGGUGCCUCAAGUAAGGCCCGUGUUUCACCACUCGAGGCCUCAUCGCGAAGAGUACGAUUUAGACCACGACAUUGAUGACGACGACGACUACCAACCGCGCCCGGAAAGCACCAAAGUUAUGUACAGCAGCAAAAGGCCUAAAAGGCGGCCAUCGCGGAUGUCGCAUCAGGAGCGAAGCAAGGGAAGGCCGCAACGGAGGCCUAGCUCGCGGGAGAGAGAGUCCCGUCGGCCCGUCAGGCUGUCGGAAUACCAGCGUCACAAGUACCACGAUGCGGACUUCGACGAGGAUAAAGAGAGCAGCGAAUACCGGUCGCACUGCAAGAGAAUAGGAAACUGU